AUGAACCAUCUCCCGAUGUUGGCGCCACGGCUACCAGGCCACUCCCCGCCAGCCAGCUUGCCACCAGCAUCGAAGGAGCACACGGAAUUGGAGUGGGAAUCGAAGAAAUCCAUCAUUAAGCAUCUCUACAUAGACGAAAGUCGUAAGUUGAACGAAGUCAUGGCCAUUCUUGAGAAGAAGCAUGGCUUCGCUGCAACUGAGCAAAUGUUCAAAAAACGACUGCGGAAGUGGAAUUUCCGCAAAAGAACGUAUCGGAAGCACUCACAUGCUACUUCUCCUGUCACUCCUCUCCAGCGAGAAGAGGAAGAUGACAAUGCAGAAGACGUCCCAAGAGUUUUUGUGCAGGAAACUACAGCCCUUACUUGUCUUCAGCCUUCGCCCCUCGAGUGUCACGCCAGGCUUGAGGUCAUCCUUGGAAGCGUAUUGUCUUGGAGCUCCGAGAAGCUUGACACAUACCAGAUACAGUCGGACCAAAUGUCCAAAUACCUGGCACACCCCAACCAGCCACCUAUCGAGGAUAGCCGGACCUUGUAUCGAACAUUUGAGCUCUUUUUCGAUAUGUGGAAGUAUGGAAAAGGUAACUUGGCCGGCCUGGCAGCAAGGAAGGGGUUCUACAUCCUCGAAUAUGUCUUGACUGUGGACCAUCCAGACUUGAUCUGGCAUAUGCUUGAUAUCAUUUUCGACAUGAUACAAAAGAAUCAUAUCCAGUUAUUGGGGAUGUUCCUUGGCCAUGCCACCGCUCUUGCAGAGGCCAGGCUACCUAAGCAGCAUCCCCUUGUCAGAAUUCUCCACCAGCUUCGCAAGUGUGACUUUCAGACCGAGGAAGGGCGCCAGCACGCGACACAUGUUCUACGGCAGGCUUGGUUACGAAAUGUUGAUUUAUUGGGCGAUCGUGUCAGCUCGCCGCCCUCUGAUAGCCUAUGGCUCUAUGAGCAGCUGAUAUGGGAUGCGCGAACCAACCUACGGAGAGAAAGCAACCUGGCGAGAAAAGGCGAAGCCAUGACUAACGCGCUGGAGGCGCUCGCGCUGAGUCGGGAAUCCGAGCCUGGGGAUGAAUCGAAUGCAUCGGACUCGCUGAGAGUGGCGGCUCUCAUGCUGGAAUUUGCCCAGAUGGAUUUACAAAAUAAAGAGAAGGCAAAGGAACUGGCUGUCUCGCUCCUGGAGAGCACGCAGGACUCGGAAACCUGCACCGGGGCUAGAUUCCAUGCCUAUGCGCGGAAGAUGCUCGCCAGGAUACAGCAGGGCAGAUGCGAGUGGGAUUUGGCGGAGGAGAACCUGAAAAUGGCAAUCCGAAAGCGUGAGGCUGCUCAUGGCACAGACAUCGAUAUCCGAGUUGUGCGCGACAUGUGGGUUCUUGCUGACCAUUACCGACGAGCCGGCAAGCCAGAGGUCGCUGACCUUGUUAUCGAUGACGCGCUUUCUCGGGCACAGAGAUAUCUGGAGGGUAAUGAUUUGACGGGAGUUAAAGAAAUUGGAUACACAACUUUAUAG